AUGAAGCUGCUUUGCACCUGCUCCCAAGAGUGUCAGAGCGCCGCCUGUGUGCUGAAGCGCUGCACCUGCUCCCAGGAGCGUCAGCACGCCGCCUGUGUGCUGAAGCGCUGCCCCUGCUCCCAGGAGCGUCAGCGCACCGCCUGUGUGCUGAAGCGCUGCCCCUGCUCCCAGGAGCGUCAGCACACCGCCUGUGUGCUGAAGCGCUGCACCUGCUCCCAGGAGCGUCAGCACACCGCCUGUGUGCUGAAGCGCUGCUCCUGCUCCCAGGAGCGUCAGCACACCGCCUGUGUGCUGAAGCGCUGCACCUGCUCCCAGGAACGUCAGCGCACCGCCUGUGUGCUGAAGCGCUGCACCUGCUCCCAGGAGCGUCAGCACACCGCCUGUGUGCUGAAGCGCUGCGCCUGCUCCCAGGAGCGUCAGCACACCGCCUGUGUGCUGAAGCGCUGCACCUGCUCCCAGGAGCGUCAGCACACCGCCUGUGUGCUGAAGCGCUGCACCUGCUCCCAGGAGCGUCAGCACACCGCUUGUGUGCUGAAGCGCUGCACCUGCUCCCAGGAGCUGGACAUCGUCAGCCAAGGCUGCCAGAGCUCGGUCCAGUGA